ACCUCAAGGGAUCGUUCUGCACCGUUGAGAGUCGCACAAGAAAAGUGUCGCCCGACUCCUUGGCCCUCCUCCUCCGGCGGUGCUGCCGUCGUGAGCGAGCAUGGGGAAGUUAGCCAGGUCUCUCCUCCGUCAAGUAGGUGUAAGAUUAGGUUUAGGACUGAGUCUAGGUUUGCCUCUAUGGCGUUUGACGUGAUGUCGAGUUGGAGCUUCGUCCAGGCGUCCUCGAGCAGCGCCUGGCGGCUGGUUCUCUCCCGAGGUGAGCUUCCAUGGUGGAAGUCGACAGCGGGUGGUAGAUCUGGUGAUAGCUCCCCUAAUAAGCUCGAAUCUUUCCCUGAUCUGGAGGAUCUCCGUCGCCUUGUUCCAUUUGUUCGUCGCUGUCGUGGAGAUGGGGACAGAAAGUGGAAGAGGUGGAGCGCAAGUUUGUUUCGAUUAGGUUUGUGCAUAUUCUCAUCGGUGCUUGGAGUGGAGCUACGGCGCCCACUGGAGCUGCCGGUCUCCGACGCCUCCCCGGUGACCUUUCUGGCCGAAGGGCGGCCUUGUGAAGCCAUGCUGGCUUCGUUUCUUCCUCCUGGCUUGAUGCCAUUUGAGAGGCAGCUGUUCAACUUCAACAUGGAGUCCUCUUCUUCCAUCUUUGUCCGGAGAUGGAGUAGUGGCGGUCCGGUGAUCCCAAGUGGUCACGUCCCCGGUGAUGGCCGGACUGGAUCUACGCUGGAGUUGAGCAUUGGACCCGAUUGUAAUCUUAAUCAUUGGGAUGGGGUCCUCCUUGUUAGUUUCAGGGACUAUGAUGUAAUUUCCUUUUCUUUUGAGUCCUGGUAUGAGCUCUGUACUGCAGCCGCUGAUAGUUAAUGGAUGCUCUGGGUCCUUCCGGACCCUUUCUCU